AUGAUGGACAAACCAGCAAGAAGGAGGUCAAGACCUCGUCCUCGUCCUCUUGAGACUUCUGGUGCUACCAUACUCGCCACGGCUCGCGUCGUUUACACAAGAACCAAGACUCCGAAGAAUCCAGCCUCUUUCCUUGUCCAAAAACUCUUCCAGCUCCUUCUCUUCUUGUCGUCCAUGACAAGUCCCUUCCAUCGUCACCUUCUAUCCAUUCUCUAUGUAGCCGACGAUCACAUCCUUGCGGCGCAAGACACGGUCGAAACUUACUUCCCUUCUUCCACCUUCGCCUUCCUAAAGAUCUCCGAAAUGCUGAUCGCAUCAGAGUCUCUCCCCGAGAAACUCGACGCGGUUCUUGAGAAGCUUCCAUGUUUGAUGAGCAGAGCCGCGUGGCUAGACUGGAUGCUGCUUCACGCUAUUUAUUGCCUUGAUUCUCUUGUGAACGUGUUGGAACGUUGGAGAGAUAAGAACAAGGGGGCGAAUGAGAAAGAGAUCACGGUGUAUAGGAGUUUCAGCAGAACAGGAUCAAACUUUGUAGAGGAGGAGGAAGAGGGGAAGAAAGUGACGUACAAGGAGGCGUUACAGAGAGGAAGCAGCGGAGAAGAUGGUGGGGGAAGCACCGGUCGUAGCAGCAGCAGCGGCGGCGGCGGCGGAGAUCCUAUUUUGGAAAUGUUUGAGAACGGUUGGAUCACGAAGCCAAUCAAAAGAAGUAGCAGAAGCGCUGAUUCGCUCACUUGCUCUCGUUCUGAUUCCUGUGAGACCACUACAUGAGUUCUUUUUAAGUCUUUUGUCUUUUUUUUUUGUUAUCUGUAGCAAUUAUAAGGAUGGGUUUCACAACAGCAGCAACAACAACACAAACCAAUAAAAACUAU